UCAUGUGGGGACAGGCGAAGUUGGGAACCACUCCUAACAGGUGGAGAACUCCGGUUCUUGAAGAUGACAAGUGGGUGCCUUCCCGCUACUGCGCUAGGGCCGCAUCUUUCUCCCGUCUCCUUAGCAUCUUCCCUGAUCUACCUGCACAUCAGCGUCUCCUGUGUAGUGUUUGGGUUUGACUUUUAUUAGUUUCCGGAGCUACAAUCCAUCUCCAGCCCCAUUUCUGCCAUAAUGGAGCCGGCCUGGAAAUCUGAGUUGAAGGAAACCUGUUACCUUGAUGCACCAAAAACCAGACAGAAGGCUAAAGUCUAAUGGAAGGACAAUAACAUACCUCUUGUUGAAAACAAUGCAUUUUUAGCUUCAACUGGAAGAAAAGAAAAAGGAGAUCCUCUAAACAUUGCAAUUGAUAAGAUGACCAAGAAAACAAGAGAUCUAAGGAGACAGCUUCGGAAAGCAGUGAUGGAUCACAUAUCAGAUUCUUUCUUGGAAACCAACGUUCCUUUGCUAGUUCUCAUUGAGGCUGCAAAAAGUGGGAAUGAGAAGGAAGUGAAAGAAUAUGCCCAGGUUUUCCGUGAGCACGCCAACAAGCUGGUGGAGGUUGCCAAUUUGGCCUGUUCCAUCUCCAACAAUGAGGAAGGGGUGAAAUUAGUUCGGAUGGCAGCCACUCAGAUUGACAGCCUGUGUCCUCAGGUCAUCAACGCCGCUCUCACAUUGGCUGCCCGGCCACAGAGCAAAGUUGCUCAGGACAACAUGGAUGUCUUCAAAGACCAAUGGGAAAAGCAAGUUCGAGUGCUGACAGAGGCUGUGGAUGACAUUACCUCAGUGGAUGACUUCCUUUCCGUCUCAGAAAACCAUAUCUUGGAGGAUGUGAACAAAUGUGUGAUCGCCCUUCAAGAAGGGGAUGUGGACACUCUGGACCGGACCGCAGGGGCCAUCAGGGGCCGGGCUGCUCGAGUUAUACACAUCAUCAAUGCUGAGAUGGAGAACUAUGAAGCUGGUGUUUAUACUGAGAAGGUGCUGGAAGCUACAAAACUGCUAUCUGAGACAGUGAUGCCACGCUUUGCUGAACAAGUGGAGGUUGCCAUUGAAGCCCUGAGUGCCAACGUCCCUCAGCCAUUUGAGGAGAACGAGUUCAUCGAUGCCUCUCGCCUGGUAUACGACGGCGUUCGGGACAUCAGAAAGGCUGUGCUGAUGAUCAGGACCCCAGAAGAAUUGGAGGAUGAUUCAGACUUUGAGCAGGAAGAUUACGAUGUGCGUAGCCGGACAAGUGUUCAGACCGAGGAUGACCAGCUCAUUGCAGGACAGAGUGCACGGGCCAUCAUGGCACAACUACCACAAGAGGAGAAGGCAAAAAUAGCUGAACAGGUGGAGAUAUUCCACCAAGAGAAAAGCAAGCUGGACGCGGAAGUGGCCAAAUGGGAUGACAGCGGCAAUGAUAUCAUUGUGCUGGCCAAACAGAUGUGUAUGAUCAUGAUGGAGAUGACAGACUUCACAAGAGGCAAAGGCCCGUUGAAAAAUACAUCUGAUGUCAUUAAUGCUGCCAAGAAAAUUGCCGAAGCAGGUUCUCGAAUGGACAAAUUAGCCCGUGCUGUGGCUGAUCAGUGUCCUGAUUCAGCAUGUAAGCAGGAUUUAUUAGCCUACCUUCAACGAAUUGCCUUGUAUUGCCAUCAGCUUAACAUCUGCAGCAAGGUGAAAGCCGAAGUACAGAAUCUGGGAGGAGAGCUCAUUGUGUCAGGGACAGGAGUUCAGAGCACUUUCACUACCUUUUAUGAGGUAGAUUGUGAUGUCAUAGAUGGGGGCAGGGCUAGUCAACUUUCUACCCACCUCCCAACCUGUGCUGAGGGAGCUCCGAUCGGGAGUGGAAGCAGUGAUUCUUCUAUGGUUUAUUCACAGGAUUCGUGCCUCAGGCUGGGAGAACAAAGGGGUUCUGAAGAAGAAAGAGGCUAUCAUAUUUUUGCAGCAGAAUUAGACACCAUCUAUCUGAAAAUGGAAUCUGUGCUGGACAGUGCCACGUCACUCAUCCAGGCAGCUAAAAACCUGAUGAACGCUGUUGUCCUCACGGUGAAAGCAUCUUAUGUGGCCUCAACAAAAUACCAGAAGGUCUAUGGGACAGCAGCUGUCAACUCACCUGUCGUGUCCUGGAAGAUGAAGGCACCAGAGAAGAAGCCCCUUGUGAAGAGAGAAAAGCCUGAAGAAUUCCAGACAAGAGUGAGACGAGGUUCUCAGAAGAAACACAUUUCGCCUGUACAGGCUUUAAGUGAAUUCAAAGCAAUGGAUUCCUUCUAGGACGAUAGGCUUUAACAAGAAAGCUUUUUCUUUCUUUCUUUCUUUCUCUUUUUUUUUCCUUUUUAAUUCCAUUUUUGUAUGCAUACCUGCUGACUCGUGUGCCUCUGGCAUGGGGAAAAUAAGGAGCAGUGUCUGUUUGCAUGUAAGAUGAGAUGUGAUCAAUACCACUGAUCCGUCUCUAGCCUGAGGAGGGGACGGGAAAUUCCUGUCCCGAGGUGGCACAGAGCUGUCCUUUGCAACAUUCUCAUAAAAUUGGGCAGAGUUCACAUUGCAGUGUUUAUGGGAGUGGGAGGGAUGGGGAAAAUAAAAUUAACUCUACAAAAGCAAACUCUAAUGCAUGCAAGAAUCAUUAGGUUGGCAGGUAUAUUAAUAAGUGACAAAUUGGAAGUGUAAUGGUAGAACAUAAAGCUUGUAUUGCUUCUGUUUAAGUGCAAAAAUGUACUAGCCAAUACGCUUAAGUGUGUGGCCCACAAAUUGAACAAUUUAACUUUGACAUCAUGUCCAUAAUAUUAUGUGGAGUUUUUACUAAGGAGAAACUAACUCAUCCAGCCUAAAAUGUUUCUUUUAAUCUGUAUUCUGUUCUUUCUCUUCUAGUCGUGCCAUUACUAGUGCUCUUGUUAUCAAUUUCCCCCUUUACUGAAAACAAUAAAGCUUUGUUUAAAAGAAUUAUAAUCCUUCUGGGGGCACUGGAAGCACAAUGUGGUGAUCAUCUUGCUCUUACUUUAAAAAAAAAAAAAAAAAACAACUGAACUAUGACUUUGCUAGAAAUAGGAGGCCCAGUGAUGGAAUGUUAGAGGAAUGGAAACUGACAACGUGUGAAGGUUUAGAGGCAAAUACAUAGGUGUAGCUUGGAGUGCUGGUAUCUAAUAUACCAUUUGUAUCCACUAACUCGAAAUAAACACAUUUACUCUUGACACCUGAA